AUGAUUUUACCGAGUAAAUGUACCACAUCCAGCACACCUGCAUGUCUUCAUAUUGAUUCCGUCACGAAGAGACUGGACCUUACCGUGGUGUGGCGACUUGUGUGUCUCGACGAACUAUUGAAAUAUAUUGGGGGUGUACGCGCGAUACUCAGACUCUCAUACCAGGCGAGAUGGCCCAAGUGGUUAGAGCGCGAAUUUACUGACCGGAAGGUCCGUGGUUCGAAUCCGGCCUUCGCCACUCGACUUCCCCUGUCUAGGCUUAGGCAACCUGGCAGUAUCCCAGCCCUCGUGCUCCCUUCGGGUGGCAUGGCAGCAAGGCACCGAAAGGGUGCUACAGCUGAACGCUUUCUUUUUUUUCUGCGGCUUCUGUACCUCCGAGUUCAGUCACAACCCCAAGCACUUUUCAAACCCCGAAAGUCUGUCCGCUUAGCCGCCUUCAGUGUUCGCACACUGAAGCAAGCAGGUCAACAGGUGGGUGUUGUUCGUACGCUUGAUUCCCUUUGCAUUGAUGUAUGUUGUCUGUCAGAAACAAGGACGGAGGACGCAAGUACUGUAAUCGACCUGGCUGCCCCCUUGCUCCCUUCCAGAUUCCGGCUGUGCACCUCUGGUGAUGCAGAAGCCGCUGCAGCUGGAUAUACUAAGGUGGGUAUUGUACUGAGCGAACGAGCGGAAGCUUCUCUGCUUGAUUGGAUACCCUCGCCUCUGUGUUGUUCGGCAACAUCCGUGAGAGAAUCUGGAGGAAGUAAGGUUCACCGCACCUUGCUCAUUGUGUCUGCUUACGCCCCAACUGAUUGUAGCUCUGAAUCUGGAAAAAAAAAUACUCAAAACGCUACUUCAAGCCGGAACCAUCGGAUCUCUGAUAAGACCGUGUCUUUGCUGGAGACCCGGCGACAUAUUCCGCCUGACGGCCACUACAACUCAACCUGGCGCAUCAUCCGACGCCAGGUGAAACUGAGUGUCUGCGCAGAUGGAGAUUGGUGGAUCCGAAAGUCCGAAGAAAUGGAAGAUGCAAAGAAUGCUGGAAAUGCGCGCAAACUGUUCCACUUAAUUCGUCCGACUGGUCUUCGGAAAUCUCUUGUCAUCGAAAUAAUCAGAGCUAAAAUGGUUCCCUGA